CUAACCUAAAACCAAUUAAAACAGACAAUCCAUGGUUUAUUAGUUGAUGUAGUAACAAAAAUUAGGUGAAGAGUAUCCCAAUUAGAGGACCAAAACGGAAGAAGUAAUCAAAGUCAAAAGACUAAUACACCCUUUGACACACGAAACGAAACGGCUUCCAGAUUCAAUGACUUCAGCCUCCAGUCUUGUAGACAACGAAGGAAGGAACUGAGAAAUUCAACAACAGAGAGAAGAGAGAGAGAGAGAAACUUCUCAAAGUCUUUGAUCCGUUACGAAAUCAAUUGCUCAAAGUCCAAAAAUUAGGGCAAACUCACAUUUGACCCCAAAAUUUCUCUCCCUGUGUCUCCGGUGACCAAAACCGUAAUUUUUUCCUGUUCUGCCGGUAUGAAACAGCAAUCACUGGCUCGGCCUGAACCGGAACCUCCGGUUCCGACCGUUUCACCUCGCUGGGCCCUAACCCCGACCUCCGGUUCACACCGCAAAAUCGCGAUCGCCGUUGAUCUGAGCGACGAGAGCGCCUACGCCGUCCGAUGGGCGGUUCAGAACUAUCUCCGACCGGGAGACGUCGUCAUCCUCCUGCACGUGCGUCCCACGAGCGUCCUCUACGGCGCGGACUGGGGCUCAGUCGAUCUCAAUCAGACCGGCGGCGACGAGGAGUCGCGGCGGAAGCUGGAGGACGAUUUCGACAAUUUCACGUCGACGAAAGCGAGCGACGUGGCGCAGCCACUGGUGGAGGCGCAAAUCCCGUUCAAGAUUCACAUUGUGAAGGACCAUGACAUGAAGGAGAGGCUGUGCUUGGAGGUAGAGAGGCUAGGGCUCAGUGCUGUCAUCAUGGGUAGCCGAGGGUUUGGUGCUUCCAAGAGAGCCUCGAAGGCUAGGCUUGGUAGUGUCAGCGAUUACUGUGUUCAUCAUUGUGUGUGUCCUGUUGUGGUUGUGCGGUACCCUGAGGAAAACGACGCCGUUGGUGAUCAAGGGAAAUACAUUGUUGGGGAAGAGGCUGAACUCCUCCCUGUGCCGGAGGAGGAGCAUGAAGAGUAUCAUGAUGCUUCUGAUGAGCAGAAAGAUGCUUAAUGACAGUACAGAGCAAUGUCUAUAUCCUAUUGACUUCAGAAACUGGUCACAGUAUCAAGGCAUGUGUCAAAUGGAGAAGAAUGUAUUAAAAUUGAGAGAAGUUUCUCUUAUUUGGACAAAUUAGACAAUGUAAAGCGGUUGUUUGGUUGGUUAGCAUUUGUAUACUUUUGUACCAGUUUGUUUCUACACUGCUUCAAUACUCAUUGAUAGGUUUGAAUAUGCACUCUUUUCUAGUUCGAUAAUUUAGAAACCAUGUAAACUUUAUUUUAUUGUCUCUGGGUUUCCUGUAAAUAACUGUUACUCUGGUACACUUUAUGUGAAGGAGAGUUGGAAGUUGACCACCCGUCACAAACGUUUCUCAUUUGUCUCGGGACACAUGGCAACAAAACACAGUCCCGGUUUGUUG